AGGGAACAGCCAUUGUAUCGCUAUACACGGAAAGCACAUUGCUAAAAGAUCGGUUCGCGAAAAUGUUCAGUGUUGAUAGUUAUACGAAGGGAGUAAGAUGCGUGAAUAUCGAGUGCAUAUUGUGAAUUUACCGACAUGAUUGUGUAUAUAUUAUUCUCCAUAGGGCUAAUAUCACACGUUAGUUGCAAAGCCCCUCAAUGUUGCAGCACAGUAAAGGACGAGGAGUGCCGAACAGCCUGUUCUACGCUGACCACAGCUGGAAACCAAAGAAAACAAAUGGAACAUCUGCUGGAUGUGUCCAAGAGUUGUCAUGGAGAUCAGAUUGAGUUCUGGCAGUGUGUCAAUCAAACAAUAGAAGUUGUCCACUCUUUGGCAGUGUGGUCAGGACGACCUUGCUGUGACCUUGCCAAAAGUCGCGUCUGUGAACAGGCCUGUAGAGAAGCUAAGUCUCAAAGUGAUGUCAAAAAGGCAUGCAUGGAGAGCUUAGAAACCGACCUGUACGAAUGUGUCAAGAAACAAAGAGAGGGUGAAAUAUGCUGCAGCAGUGGAGAGGACUACAGUUGUCGUAUUACUUGUCAGGGCACCUACCUCGCUAACUAUAACCGUAAAAAUCAGCGCCACACGCUGAGGACUCAGUGUAGAAGCACUAACACUAUCAUGCAGUGUGUUAUCAGUAAUGUGGAUGAUUUCAAAGUCAUCAAACUCAUAGAUCACCUACCCUGCUGUUACCAGAUAGAGAACCCGCGAUGUCGUGAAACGUGCGAGAGAACACUGUCCACCAUGAAGAACCAGGAGGAAAUAGCAGGGAAACUAGAAAAUGUCUGUGGACCUAUUUUCCCUCAGCAUCCACCUUGGAGUUGUUUUCUAUCUCAACCACCUCACAAAAAAGUAGAAGAAAUCACCAUGGACUACGCCAGACUACAGUGUUGUUCUAAAGCCAGCAAUGACCGCUGUAGAACUCUCUGUACCAGUACGUACAGCAGUGAUUGGCAGAGCCACUACUCGGAGUUCCAGUCCAGCUGUCAGGAUCUGACUUUACCUGUGUCUAGGAUGGAGGCCCCAAUGCUCACCUGUAUAACAGACGCUUAUGAACCUUGUAAGUUGGGAUGUGAUGGUAUGGAAUUUUGUACCAACUUUAACAAUCGCCCGACAAGUCUGUUCCGCGCUUGCUCCAAGCAGUCUGAUAAUGCGGCCAAGGCGGAGUUUCAGAGUUGGCUGGUGACAAAGCGCCCCCUCUCUCCCCAGCUUCAGAUCCCCGUCAAAGAUAUCAACAGCUGUGAGCCAGAGAUGUGGAAAGCCAUCGCCUGUGCCAUGCAGGUCAAACCCUGUGGACGUAAACCGGCAUCCUUUGUCAUUUGCAGGGAUGACUGCGAGUACCUGCUGAACAAGUGUCUGAACACCUCGGCUAUCCACCCCUCCCAGUCCGUCAGUCACCUGUGUAAGCUCCUGUCUCCAGACGACACCGCCAGGUCCUGUAUCUCCAUCAAACAGUUCACAGAGCGGAGCCCAUUCAGUGACUACCCCACCACAGAGCUGACCUCCCCCUGUAACCCAAACCCGUGUGGUGCCGACGAAGUCUGCUGGAACAACCACCGAAAAUGUCACCAUCCAGAGAACUGCCCCGCUUACGUGUGUCACAAAGCUUGCUCUAUGGGUAUAGAUUCCGCUAUGGCAGUACCUAAGCAUGUGUAUGUCAGGAUUCCCACCACCUCGGUCGGUGACAGUAAAUCAGACGGCUGUGUCAAACAACAGAUCUGUCGCUGUGGCAACAAGAAGCUGGAAAACUGCAGGAGUAUUCCCUGUACCAAACAGGACAAGUGUCAUCUGGGGGGUGCACAAGGGGGAAUCAGUAAAAAUCACGGGGAACAUUUCCGUAUUGACUGUAAUUUCUGUAUCUGCCACUCGGGAGAAUUAGUUUGUACGAAAGGUCGCUGUCCGUCGGGAAAUGACGACUCCACUCUGACCGGACUGUCCUGUGAUUGUUCACACAAUUAUCACCCAGUGUGUGGGGACAACGGGAAAACCUACCCCAACGCAUGCCUGGCCAAACGUUGUGGAGGCCUGAGAUCUGAUCAGAUUCGCCAAGGAGCUUGUAGGUUGUCUGAUCCAUGUCGGGAAAACCCUUGUGGAAACAGCUUCAGGUGUUUACCUAAGCCUCAGGUGUGUUUACACAUUGCCAGGGAAAGCUGUCUGCAGUAUGAAUGUGUGCCCCACGGUGUGAAGUGUAACGCGCACUAUCACGACCCAGUGUGUGACACAGAGGGAAUGGAACAUUCUAAUGCCUGUCUGUUACUGAAAAAAGGGAAAACUCUAGCCUACAGGGGGCACUGUCAGACCCACUGUGCGACCACCUCCCCUGUUUGUGGACAUGACGGGGAGACCUACGGCAGUCAGUGUCAGGCUCUAGCGGCCCGCGUCACCGUGGACUACCAGGGGCCCUGCAGGGUGGUGGGACAUUUCUCAGGAAACAUGUCCAGUGGACCGUGUCCUGGAGUUACCUGUGACCCAGUUCUACCUCGGCAGUGUAAACCCAUCCUACCCCCGGGGGCCUGCUGUCCUGUCUGUGCUGCGGAGUUACGGGUCCUGUACAAGCCGGAGCUGGCGGAGAUGGUUUCCCGGGAGAUGAUGACCGGUCCACUCAGCGUCCAGCAGACAGUGGACAUUCUGUCACACAACCUGGAAAUCCUCGAGUGUGAUGUGUUCGGAUUCCUGGGAGUGGACCAAUCAGAAGUCGUCAUCUUAAUUAAACCAGUGACAGCCACGCCCACUAUGUUACAGGUACAGGCCUGUAUACGUGAGGCUGAGAGGAUAGAGUAUCUAGUACAGACAGACAGUCCGCUCCUCAAGGCCUACGCUGCUCUCACCCCGUUCCUCCUAGCCCCUAUGAGGGCCCCCAGGACAAUAGCGGUGUCCAGGGGUGGGGCUGUGACCCCCUCUGUGCCUCUUUUAUCUGUGUUAGUUUUACUGACUCUGUUUACCUUAAGGACGUUUAGCAGGUCAUGACACAUAGGAAGCUGCAGUGUCAGGAAUUAUUGACGAUUUAUUUUGACUGAUCAUGACGACCUAUCCCCAAAAUUGAUAAUGGUUGGUCACUGUGUAAAGACGUAUCUUUGUCAGAGGAAUGUGUUCAUAAAGACUGGAGGAUGAACAAUGGUGAGGACAUCAUCCAAGGAAGAAAACUUGGAUAGGAAAGGAGGCGUGAAGAUUUCAGAAGAGGAAACGAGAAAAGGGUGAAGACCCAAGUUUCAUAAAGUUGAAGUCAGUUUUCAUUAGUUCAUAUUGGAAGCAGUUUAAGAAGAUCUAAAACUGCUUUAACAGGAAAUUGGAGAAUACUUUUGCGCUAUUUAUGUUUUUGUGGUCAGUUCUUCAUAAUUGUGUGGUGAUUUUUAUUGGCCAAAUUUUUGACUGUGAUAGCCAAUCAGUGCUGAAGAAGACAAACAGAUUUUGAUUGGUUAGUAAGAAUGGCAUGUAGAGAUUUGAUUGGAGAAUGAUGAUUUUGGUGUCCAAUCAGUAUUAUUCUUUGAGACGAUUUAGUUGAGUGUUUGGUGCUAUAAAUUUAUAGCUUUACAAAUGAUCAACAGCAUUUAUAACUAUCUCUAAAACUCAGUUUUUAUAUUUUUUCAUUUUGCAGUAUAAAUCGGUUUGUAGAAGGAAAUUUUUUUCCCCACAUGUAUGAUUCUGAAUUAUUUAGUAUUAUAUACAAAUGAAGACAUUUUCCUGUGUAGCAUUACAUCAUGUUAUAUUUAUUACAUUAUACAUUUGUAUAUUAACAAAAUGCCAAAGACUUUCAUAUUUAACUUUUUAUGCUUACACAAAUUUCAAAUUUUUAUCUUCUUCAAAAAAUAAGACACAAAACAGAUACAGCAUUUUCCUUUGAGGAUUUUUUAUUUUUGUUUUGUGUUUUUUUAAUGCCAUGUAAUUCGUAAUCUCAGUAUAUUGAUGGGACAGAAUCUCGCGCGCAGUAUGAAAAAACAAGAGAGAUGGAUGUGUUUCAAUACUCAUGACUCUCGGACACUUUUAAUCUUGUGAGGCAUCAUCAUUUAUUUUCUGUAUUUUGUGUAUGUAGAUGUGUUUGUAUGAAAAGUGCUAAAGGUAGAGUCAAGGAGACUCAACAGUAUUCAUUAUUUAUAUUAAUAAGUAGACAAAAUCAGAGAGAGAGAGAAAGGGUGUCAUGAUCUAUUUUGUAUUAAUGUGGAUAUUUUUGUAAUUCACUGUAGAAAUCUUUUUUUGUCUGUAUUUUACUAUAUAUGUAAUAUAGAAUGUGAAGCAUUGUUGUAUGUUUAUACUUGAAAGAAAGGAAUCAUAUAAUAUUUGUACAUGUGUGUGACUUAAUUUGGAUAAAGUUAUGUUUGUUAAGUAAUUUGUAUGAUUAUGAUUGUGUUUGUUUUGUAUGGUAUGUUUGUCUGGGCUGUAAGUAUGGUGAAAAACAGCAUUCUACAAAUCUGGCGGCCUCUCUAAAAAGUGGACGUGACAUACCCUUGUCAUAUUCCCUUGUUAAUUGGGGGCAGCCAUUUUGUAUUUUGAUAAUCAGUAUUUCUAGUCAAGGUUAACUGAUGACAUAGUGAUGGUAUUCUUUUCCUUCAUAUUUUUUAUGUUAGGUACAUGUGAUCUAUUUAUAAAUAAAUAUUUAUCUUUUUCAUGGCAAUUUCUGACUUGGAUGAAAAAAAUCUCUUAAGGUGGAAUGACCCUCUAAUCAGGAAAGAUAACUCUGUUUUUAGAUUUUAGUCAAAUAUAACUCUAAUGUUGAGGAAAUAUGUUCCAUUACUACAAUUACUUCAUUUACUACAUUUUUAACUUCAAAAAGGAUUAUUUUUACAUAACACAGAAUUUGUUGAAAAUUCCUUUUUAUUUUCAACUUAAGUUGUUUCAGCUUCAUCUCAAUCUUCCAUCAUCAUUUAGGAAGAUCCCAUCGAAAUUUGAUUAAGUGAGCAGAGGGGAUUCUUCUGUUUUUUUAUCUUUAAAGAUAUAUUUGUUUCACUCACAUUUAAUGAGUUCCAAAGGUAGCUAAUUAAUGGCAUUUAUGUACUAGUAAAUUGAUAUUUACAUGAUUUUAGCAAAAGCUUUAAUUUUUGAAUCACGCUUAAAAACUUCAAUAAUGAGAAUCUGACAGAACUAAUUUCUUCUACAUUCAAGAUUGAAAAUGUAAAAAAUUUCUUCUAUGUAUGUCUUAAUCAAUUGUUCACAUGUAUCACAUGACAUAAACAGCAUGGUCACAUGACAAUGGUCACAUGACAUUGUCAUGUUCAGUAUUACAGCCAAACAAGAGACAUUUUAUCAUUGUGUGCCUGAUUCUGUGUCUAUAUAUUUUGUGUAAGGCCAUUGUUUUUUUUUUUUAAAAUAUGUGCACGUAGUGCAUGGUGUUUGUUACAGAAAUUAAAAGAAAAUGUUAUUUUGUUAA